AUGUCGCUACCACCAAAGCGAAGAAGAAGAAGAAGACGCAGACCCUUCUCAAAUUGUCAAGAAGGAGGCGACCCAGUCGAGGGGCCUGACGCAGGACAAGCUCUUGGCCCUCCUGACCAUACCCCAUUUGCGCACUGUCGAGGAGCUCGAUCGGAACAAGAUCGGCGGCUAAUUCAGAUCUUACGGCGUGAGGAUCAGGGACGAGCAACCUCGCCGCUGGGAAGGCUUCAAUCGCGAGGGAGGGCGAUUGAGAAUUUGCUCCGUCUAGGGCUGACGAGACCGACAAUUGGUUUCACAUUUAAUUUUAAUCCUGCUGCAGCUAAUCAAGAUGUUGUUUUGUAUUUCAGUCGAAUUUCAGUAGUUUUGAUUAUUCUAGUCGAAUUUCCCGUUGCUCACUGUCGCCACUGCUACCAAGACGGAGAAGAAGCCGCAGACCCUUCCCCUCCAGGAAUUUGUCAAACCAUAGGCGACCCAGUCAAAGGGUUGACGCAGGGCAAGCUCUUGGCCCUCCCGACUGGACAUCGCCAGCGCACCACUGAAUCCCGAUUCAUAAACGCUUUUGGAAGGAAGCAGAUGAUGGAAACCACAGAUAACCAGGAUAAUGAGCUCUCCCCAUAUCAAUUGAACCCAGCCACCUCUCUCUCAUCCUCCUCAAAAGCUACAAUCCCAGAACUUGUGGCUGCUGCAAAUUUCAAUAGUGCUAACCAAGAGGCGGGAAAGCAAAUGGAAUUGUAUAACCCAGUGAAAGAAGAUCAACUCACAACCCAGAAAGGCAAGAUGCUCACCAUAACCGGGCCAUCCAAAACCUGGAAAAGAAUUGGGGUCAGGUCAGGAAGACUUCAAAGGGAGCCAGUCAUACAUACACCUAUUGUUAUUGACAACAUUUCUGAUAUAUGCAAUGAUGUGUAA